AUGACGGCUGCCCUGCAGUGCUGGCUGCUGUGUCUGAGCCUCCUUGCGGCUGGGAUGUGCGCCCGGGGCGGCCACCUCGGGAGCGAGGUCGGCAGGCGGGACAAGCUCUCCCUGCCGGGCUUCGAGAACCUCACGGCGGGGUACAACAAGUUUCUCAGGCCCAACUUUGGCGGGGAGGCCGUGAAGAUCGCCCUGAACCUGGACAUCGCGAGUAUCUCCAGCAUCUCAGAGAGCAACAUGGACUACACGGCCACCAUCUAUCUCCGGCAGCGCUGGACAGACGAGCGGCUGGUGUUUGAGGGCAACCAGAGCUUCACGCUGGACGCGCGCCUGGUGGAGUUCCUGUGGGUGCCAGACACCUACAUUGUGGAGUCCAAGACGUCCUUCCUGCACGACGUUACCGUGGGCAACAGGCUCAUCCGCCUCUUCGCCAAUGGCACCGUCCUGUACGCGCUCCGAAUCACGACGACUGUGGCCUGCAACAUGGACCUGUCCAAGUACCCCAUGGACACGCAGACCUGCAAGCUGCAGCUGGAGAGCUGGGGCUACGACGGGAAGGACGUGGAGCUGAGCUGGCUGCGAGGCAACGACUCAGUGCGCGGACUGGAGGACCUGCGGCUGGCGCAGUACACGGUCCAGCAGUACUUCACGCUGGUCACCGCAUCCCCGCAGGAGACAGGCGUCUACACGCGCCUCGUCCUGCAGUUCGAGCUCCGCAGGAACGUCCUGUACUUCAUACUGGAGACCUACGUCCCCUCCACGUUCCUGGUGGUGCUGUCCUGGAUCUCCUUCUGGAUCUCCCUGGACUCGGUCCCCGCGAGAACCUGCAUUGGCGUGACCACGGUGCUGUCCAUGACCACACUGAUGAUCGGGUCCCGGGCCUCCCUGCCCAACACCAAUUGCUUCAUCAAGGCCAUCGACGUGUACUUGGGCAUCUGCUUCAGCUUCGUGUUCGGGGCCCUGCUGGAGUACGCCGUGGCCCACUACAGCUCGCUGCAGCAGAUGGCAGCCAAAGAGCGGGGGGCGGCCAAGGAGGAGGAGGAGGUACAUAUCAGCAACAUCAUCAGCAGCUCCAUCUCCAGCCUCAAGCGCAAGAUCAGCCUGGCCAGCAUCGAGAUCUCGGGGACCAACAGCGACUACCGCGAUCUCACCAUGAAGACCAGCGACAAGUUCAAGUUCGUCUUCCGGGACAAGGUGGGCAGGAUCGCGGAUUACUUCACCAUUCAAAACCCCAGCAACGCCGACCGCUACUCCAAGCUGCUCUUCCCGCUGAUGUUUAUGCUGACCAAUGUCUUCUACUGGGCCUACUACCUGCAUUUCUGAGUGGGGCUCGCGUGGCGGCAGAACG